AUGCGUUUAAUCAGGCUGCGCCCGGCUACUGUGGGAGCUCUUUGCUUAAAGGCAUGUGCCUGUAUCAUGCAUAUUGAGGCCAUACGAGGCGGGGAUGCGGCAAUUUCCAUUGAGCGUUGCUCGCAGAGUGAUGUUGGUCAAGCAGCAAUAUCGCCCAGAAUUCACUUUCGGUCACUGAAGGUUUCCUUACCUGUCUACACUAAGACUGAUACUAAGCAUAAGCUUUUGUUAAACUCUUAA